AUGGACGUUGGCCACCAUGGCUCUGCAGACCCGGACCCUCUGCCGCCCGUUCGAUAUAUUCGCAGCCGCAUCACCAAUGCGUGUGACGGGUGCAAGGCGCGCAAGGUCAAGUGCGACGGAAGGCUGCCGUGCGGGUUCUGCACUGCGAGACAGAGGGCGCAGAUGUGCCACUAUUCGCCGCAGAGGAGGCGGAGACACUCGCAGAGACAGGUGCAAUCGCAAUCGCAGUCGCAGUCGCACGACAAGCUGCCGAGAUCGCCGCCUCUCUCGGGCCGGGACUCGCGAGAUCGCUCGGUGAGGUCGCCGUUGGAAAGUGAAGGGCGCGGAUCAGUCGUAAACCAGCCUCGCCAUCCUUCCGUGGCCGAGGACGAGACUGAGGUGCCUCGAGAGGCUCGCCUGCUGUGCGACGCCCACGGCAAACUCACCUUCAUCGGCGACUGUGCGCCUUUAUCCUUCUUCCAGUCAGUGCGGAGGCUCGUCACCAAUAGGGUCGGCCAGAAUGCCUUCGCGCCGCACACCAGCCGGUUUUCAGUCCUGGAGAAUGCGCCGGCGCGGCAGUCGAAGAGGUCUCUGAGGAGCGCAGACAUGCCCGAGGUCCGGCCUGUCCAUGUUGCGGCUGCGGUGUCGGCGUACUUGGCGACAACGGCGGGCUUGGUAGACUUGUUUGACAGUGAGAGGCUGCUGGACGAUUUGAUGCUCUGGGCAAAUCUGGCCCAUAAGCCGGACAAUGUGACGACGAUUAUUCACUUCCUCGUUCUGGCUAUUGGAUUACAGGUGGGUGAUGAUGUAUUGUCUCAGCAGUAUUUCGAAUAUGCCCGAGACUUGGCAUACACGGAUCUGAGUGACAGUCUCGGCGUGGAGACAGUACAGGCCUUCAUCUUGGUUACCAUCUACAUGCUGUGUUCAUGUCAGAUUAACGGAGCCUUUCUCUUCUUCGGCAUUGCCGCGAGGGCCGCCUACUCAAUUGGCCUUCAUCGGACCGAGGUGAAUGCCCGAUUUGGACACGAGAUACACCAGCAAAGGGAUCGACUAUGGAAGAGCUUGCGGGUGCUCGAUCUUUUCCUAAGCAGCUCCAUGGGACGGCCUCCCUCCACUUCAGACCUCGACUGCACCGUUCCUUACCGCGCGAUAGGUAGUGAUGGAAAUGAGGUACUCAACCUGCUCAAUGCCUCUGUUCAGAUCUUGCUCAUACUGGAAUGCAUCAUUAUGGAAAUAUACUCGCGGAAAAAGGUCUCCAUGCAGCUGACCGAAGGUAUAUCCCUCAAGCUGCGCGACUGGUCCGCAAGAUGGCUCAGCCAGCUCAAAGACGUUAUCUCACAGCCUGCCCUCCGCAACGAAGCCCAGGUCACGGGGGCUUGCCAGGUCCUGUCGUCGUAUUACUAUGCUGUGAUGCUUGUUUCACGGCCCUUUCUGAUUUUGAUGGUCGAUCCGGUCUUGGACUUGGUUGAACGAGGAGUACUGAAAGGGAAGGCCCCCCUGCUUGUAUCAUGGCUUUUUGCUGCUUCGCUUGUUCUCGGUGUUGGUCUCCUGGGCGGGUUCGGCCGUAUCCUGGAAAAGUAUACACAACUGUCUAUACAGACCAUGGAACAUUUCGCCCAAAACGACGCCCAUGCCAAACAAUACUCUUUGAUCGCUCAGUCGCUACUCACGACAGCCUUGGAGCAUCUUGAGCGACAGGAUCUCCAGGAGCGAAUGCGACGCACCGAAAGCUCCAGCCAGCUCUUUGGCCUGGGAGCUCCCGAUGCAAGGUACCGCGGCUCCCUGGAUCGACCGACGCUUCUGCAGCACCAGGGCUUGUCAUCCGGCGGGCCAUCUCCACGGCUGGCUGAAAUGGAUUCCGUGUUUUUGGGACUGUCAGAGCCGAUGCUGCAUACGCCUGAUACGAAUGCCUACUGGGACGGGAUCGUGGGAAAUAAUGAUAAUGAUCCAAACUCGGCGUUGAACUUGUUUCCGUUGCUGGAGGCAGGAGGUGGGAUUGAUUUGGCGCAUUGGCUCUGA